AUGGAAGCGCCCCCCAACAUUAAUCUGAAGGUGGAUCAUACAUCCCACCUCAACAUCCACGGAGACAAUGAGCCUAAGACUCAGAAGGAUCUCCUCGAGCUCUCUCGUAAGUACAGGCACAUGGAAGGUGACCGCAAGAUGUACGCAGACGAAGCACAGCUGACGAUACGUCGCCAGAACCAAGUAAUGGAGCGUCUUACUAAUGAAAAUAACCAGCUUCGUGAACGGGUAGCCGAGGCGACCCACAAGGCGGGCGGCAACGCAUCUCGGUUUUCAGAGGCUGAAGCGCUGAUUGCGAAAAAGGCUCUUUUCGAGCAAAAGAUAGCUCAAGAGCGUGAAGCAAUCCGUGCUGUUGAGCGAAAGCUCAAGGCCGCCGACAAGGCGAUGGAUGAUCUGCGGCGUGAGCGUGCCACGGCAGAGGCAGCCAGACCGACUGCGGCAACGGUGGAGAAACACGUCGGCCUCUUGGAAAAUCGAUUGCAGCAGGCGUCAUGCAAAUAUAACGACAUACUGGCAGAAAACCGCAAGCUACGCUCUGAAAUCGAGAAUCUCCGAUCAGAGCAUCUUGCAUUCGAGAAGAUACAUUCUGGUUUGGUCAAGGAUUCAGAGGCAAAGAUAGCGGAGAUGACAAAGCUCAUGGAUCGCGCCCGCGAGGAGUUCAAACAUCGCGAAGACACGCAGGAGCAGCUUAUUAGGCUUAGAGAGCAAUCUCAAAAAGAAGCGAGCGCAUUCCAAGAGGAGUGGACAGAGCUGGGGCGCAUUUUGGAGCGAGACGCUAGGCGACGUCAGCUCCAACAACAACAAUUAGAACAGCAAAGACAGCACCUUCAGGACCAAGCAGCCACUAAGAUGAAUGCGACUGCGAAGUCUGAGGGAGAGUUGGAGCAAGCCGACAAGGUCAGUGACGAAGCAGCUUAUGAGCGGGCCUUCCGUGCUAUUAUUGAAAGCGGGUGCUAUCCUGCUGUCAAUCAGGCAAUUCGCGAAGCACAUGGAGACAGCAUACCGAACUACUCUUCAAUGCGCCUUACAGAGGGAAUGAUUAACCACAUUGUUGACUCGUUCAUAGUUGGAGAAGAGCAUAACUUUUCUCUCUUUACACUCACUAACGAGUUGAGAGCCGAAUUGGAGACCAAAGAAGAAGAGCUCUACAAGCUUAAGUCAGAUUUAGUAUCUGCGAAACGUCGCAAGCAGGAGGCAGAUUCAAACAUGAAAUCCGAGAUUCAAGCUUUGGAAUCACAGCUCGCAGCCAUCAAAGCAACCGGCGAGGGCUUCGAGCAACAGUUUGACAGGCUCAAUGCAAGCAUGAAUACAAUCUAUGAGCUAAUAGAGUAUAUCUUCCGAGAGUCUGGAUGUGAGAACAUAGGAGGAAUCAGUGCUAUCAGUGAUAACAUUGAGAGUAACUUUGUCACCAGUGAAAAUGUGAUCAUUCACCUCAGCGCCGUCGAAUCUGCAGUUGAUGGCUUGAUCGGGAAGCUUCUUAUGCUCCUAAAUACAAACGCUAUAUCCCGAGAGUCUGCGCGCGACAUCCUACACAUGGAGCUAAGCAACGACGUCGUCUCUACCCUUGCACCUGCCGCUGCCGCGCUGCUGAAAACGGUUAACAAACCUCUAGACGACCAUAUAAGCUUUGGAGAUUUUGCUGGUGACGAGCUUAUUUAA